AUGAAAAAUGAAUUAUUCCAAAAGUUAAUAAAUCAAAUUAAUUUUAUCCUAGUUAAGUUUAACUUUACUAGUGAACAGUUUGCCGAGGAAAUUAAUUAUUUACUUACUAAUUACGAAAACCCCUCAUUUAAUCCUUCCUCCUUUACCGACAAAUUGCUAGCUCAACUUUCACGAAGUUUAACCGAGAUUUUUACUGUCUAUCUAAAUAACCUUUUGGUUGAGGCAGAAAACGUCCACCAUCUCUCCGAAAUAGUUGCUUUACGCACUAAAUUAGACUAUUUUCGCUCCCAUCCGCACUGGACUUCCGAGCAAACCCAAGCUGUUGAAAAAGCAUAUCAACAAUUAGGAGAAAAAUUAAAACCAAAAGAAACCUUAUUAAAACAAUCAUUUACAAGAAAUAAAUCCCCUAUUAUGCCAUACAAAAAUACUGAAAUAAAUAAACUUAAACAAUUAAUCGAACAAGAAAAAAGAAAAGCCAUUGAACAACUUAUUCAAAAUUUAAGCAUAAGCUUGCUUGACAUAGUUAGUGAAGAAAGCCGUGAUCCAUUAAUCCUUAAUCUUCAAAAUAUCACUACUUCGCUGACAAAUCAAUCUAUUCCUCUCGCUUUAAACGAGUUAUUUGUUGCCCUGAAUGGAUUAGACACUCAAUUAAGCACGGAUUUGUCCGAACUUGCUAGACUAAAUAAUCAAUUAAAUAAUUUGCGAGCGGAAAAUCAGGUUGCUACGGGACUUCAACUAUCUACUCAAAGUUUAGAAACGAGGUUAGAUAGAUACCGACAGGAGGCAGAAACUUAUUGA